GGAAAAGAAAAGAAGAAGAAAAAGUUAAGAGAGAGAAAGCGAAGCGAGUGGAAGAAGAAUGAAUCAUUGAGAUAACAAACAAACAUUCUAUCUUUGGAUUGUUUGUAUAAAACCCAUAUCUGUUUGCUCCUCAAUUCCAGCUCUGCAAUUUCCAUUUUUUAAUGUUUUGAGAGCUAACAAACUGCAACCCAGUAAACUCGGGUUGGUUGCUCCGGACUUCCGACCCCGAGCUCAGCUGACAGUUUCCCGAUCCGGGUCGACCCAAAGUUUGGCGGGUGUGCCGUAAAUGGUUAUUGGGUAGAAGGCCGGCGAUGGGUUGCGUGAGCUCGAAGCAAGCAGUGUCGGUGACGCCUGCGUUCGACCACUCGGGCGCGUUCAGGGACAAUGUGGGGAAUUCGGGUAGAAGUCGGGUCGGGUUGGGGGAGGUGGAGAAGAAGAGUAAGAAGGGCGCUGAGUUGAGUGGGAGCGAGUUGGGUGAGUCGGGAAGAGCGAGUUCAAAUGGUGGCUGCGGUGGUAAUUAUCAUAAGAGUAACAAUAGUUAUUGCGAGUCUUUGAGUUUCAGAUUGAGUAAUCUGCAGAAGUAUGUGGAGGGUGAGCAGGUGGCCGCCGGCUGGCCGGCUUGGCUCAGCGCCGUCGCCGGCGAAGCCAUUCAAGGUUGGGUCCCACUCCGCGCCGAUGCCUAUGAGAAAUUAGAGAAGAUUGGACAGGGUACAUAUAGUAGUGUGUUCCGAGCACGGGACCUCGAAACUGGGAAGAUAGUUGCCUUGAAGAAGGUGCGGUUUGACAAUUUUGAGCCGGAAAGCGUCAGGUUUAUGGCCCGAGAAAUAUUGAUUCUUAGAAGGCUCGACCAUCCAAAUGUCAUUAAACUGGAGGGCUUAAUUACUUCCCGAUUAUCAUGUAGCAUAUACCUUGUGUUCGAGUACAUGGAACAUGACAUUACGGGACUCUUGUCUAAUCCUGAAAUCAAGUUCAGUGAGGCACAGAUUAAAUGUUACUUGAAGCAGCUGUUAUCUGGACUUGAGCAUUGUCACUCGCGGGGUGUAAUGCAUCGGGACAUAAAAGGAUCAAAUCUUCUGGUGAGCAACGAUGGAAUUUUGAAGGUGGCGGAUUUUGGAUUGGCAAACUUCUGUAAUUCUGGGCAGAGGCAACCCCUAACCAGUCGUGUUGUCACUCUAUGGUAUCGUCCUCCUGAACUUUUGCUUGGAUCGACAGAUUAUGGAGCUUCUAUAGAUCUUUGGAGUGUUGGCUGUGCAUUUGCAGAGCUGCUAAUUGGGAAACCUGUUCUUCAAGGGAGGACUGAGGUUGAACAAUUACACAAGAUUUUCAAGCUUUGUGGCUCCCCACCAGAUGAUUACUGGAAAAAGUCCAAACUUCCUCAUGCAACUCUAUUUAAGCCACAACAACCUUAUGAUAGUUCUCUGCGGCAGACCUUUAAAGAUUUACCUACAACCACUUUGAACCUACUAGAGACUCUUCUUUCUGUAGAACCACACAAGCGUGGGACUGCCUCCUCUGCUCUUGCAUCCGAGUAUUUUAAAAUGAAGCCUUUUGCAUGUGAUCCAUCAAGCUUGCCAAUAUACCCACCUAGCAAAGAGAUUGAUGCGAAAAAUCGAGAGGAGGCAAAGAGAAAAAAGAUUGGAGGGCGAGUUCGUGGAUCCGAAACAAGAAAGCAAACAAGAAAAUCACUUGGAUGUAGUAAAUUAGCACCAGCAGAGGACUUAGCAGUCCAGUCUCAAGUUUCAUAUAAAAUCAAUGCUAAUAAUGGAAAUAUUCUCAAGGAAGAAAAUGCUAUCACAGGCAGGGAGUUGCCAAAGCCAUCAGCUGGUAAAGUAGAAGAGUCUUCGCAUGUAAAGAAUGCAUCUCAAGGAGACAUUCCCUUCUCUGGUCCGUUAGAGGUUUCUACAUCAAGUGGUUUUGCAUGGGCAAAAAGGCGAAAAGAUGAUGCUUCCAUAAGAUCACAUACUCGGUCUAUUUCAAGAGGACACAUUUUUAAUGCAAUAGAACCUCCAAUCGCAGUGCAUACAAGAAAUAACUUUGACUCAAGAAGGCAUGAAAAUGGGGAGCUCAAGUACAGGGUGCGCACUGACUCUAGAGGGCAUGAUUCAUACGAGAUAGCAAAGCUCGCAAUGAUGAAACAAUGGGGCAAGCUUGAGCACCCAGAUUCCUUUGAUGCUUCGGAUGGGUACCACUCGCAGGAAUUAUCAUUGGCACUUUAUCAGAGAGAGGAAAUGGCAGCUAAAAGUGAUCUGGGUUUUCAACUUCAAGAUCAAGGAGACAAGGUUGAGUUUUCCGGACCAUUGUUGUCUCAACCAUAUAGAGUUGAUGAACUUUUAGAAAGACAUGAGCGCCACAUCAGAAGGACGACCCGGAACUCAUGGUUCCAUAGAGGUAAGAAGCAAGGGAAGUAAUUGACUGAUAGGCCGCGUUUGAGUAAAUUAGAAAGAGAACUGGUCUCGACAACGAAACAGAUAAUACAAGAGUUCAGGUUGGGAGCUGGCAUUUCCAACUAGGCUGCCAUAACAACUAUUUAAGAAAGUGAAAAUCUCCACCACAAACUCAGUGACAAAAGAGACGUAAACUACAUUUCCACUUAAGGUUAUUUGGAAGAGGUGGAAAAGAAUGGUAGAGUGAUGGGUUCUCUUCUUAGAAUAACAUCUGUUUUCUCCCUUAUUCAAAACUUUUUGUUUGCCUAAUUAGUUCCUUGUUUCAAAAUUUUAUUUUUAUUUUCCGUUAAAGUCCCAUUGGGCAAAUGUAUAGAUUAGUGAUUAUGGUUUCUGAGGAAAAGCCUUGUAUAGUUUCUUGUUUCGCAGGCUAAGGCAUUAUUCCUUGUA